AUGUCGAUUCCCAUUCGACCCCUCGGCCGCAACGGCCCUAUGGUACCUGCCGUUGGCUUUGGCCUGAUGAGCAUUGGUGGAGCCUACGGUCCAGCAGGAUCCCUUGACGAGACCGUCGCUUUGCUGGAGCAUGCACAUGCCACUGGACAGAGGUUUUGGGAUACUGCCGAUCUGUAUGGCGAAAGUGAAGCCAUCGUUGGCGAAUGGUUCAAGCGCUCUGGCAAGCGUGACGACAUUUUCCUCGCCUCUAAGUUCGCUCUCCAGCGCGACCCGAAGGUGGGCAUGUCUGUCCGCUCUGAUCCCGAAUAUGUCAAGCAAGCUUGUGCGAAAAGUCUUGCGAGUCUUGGUAUUGAUACCAUUGACUUGUACUACUGCCAUCGUGCGGAUGGUGUGACGCCUAUUGAGAAGACUGUCGAAGCUAUGGUGGAGUUGAAAAACCAAGGAAAGAUCCGGUACCUCGGCUUGUCUGAAGUUUCAGCAGCAACUCUCCGUCGAGCCCACGCUGUCCACCCCAUUACCGCAUACCAAGUGGAGUACAGUGCCUUUGCACUGGACAUCGAGUCACCUACUGUCAAUAUCUUGAAGACCUGCCGUGAGUUGGGUAUCGCGGUUGUAGCGUACAGCCCCAUCGGCCGUGGAAUCCUGACUGGAGAGAUUCAGUCUUCCGCUGAUAUCCCCGAGGGUGACUUCCGUAGCAUGGCACCUAAGUACUCCGAGCAGAACUUCCCUAAGAUCUUGGAGUUGGUCAACGGCCUGAAGGUUGUGGCUCAGGCGCAUCAGACUACCCCUGCACAGGUUGCUAUCGCGUGGCUACUUGCCCAGGGACCCGAUAUUUUCCCCAUUCCGGGAACCAGGUCUCCCAAGAGAGUCGAUGAAAAUACUGCGGCUGCUCUGCUGGAGCUGACAGACAAGGAGGUGCAGGAUAUCCGCGACUUGGUAGAGCGAACGGAAAUUCCUGGCGAUCGGUACCCUACUUUUCUGAUGGGCAAUAUCUUUGCCGAUACACCGGCGCUGUAG